GCUAAAUGUUAUCACUAAAAUUCUACCAUGUCUUUUAGGGGCUCUAAUGGUAUUAUUCUCUUCAGCAAUUUCUGAUCCACUUGCUGAUAGUUUUCUGCAGUGCCUAUCCCAGGAGACAAAUACCACAACCUCAGAUUUUGUGUUCACCCAAAACAAUACAGAAUACUCAUCUGUGCUUCAGUCAACCCUCAUAAACCUUAGAUUUUCUACAUCUGCAACGCCAAAACCAUUCGCUAUAAUCACACCCUUAACAUAUUCCCAUGUGCAAUCUACAAUACUUUGUUCGAAACAAUUCAAGAUUCAAAUCCGUAUUCGAAGUGGUGGACAUGAUUACGUGGGCCUUUCAUACACAUCAUAUGAUCAAUCCUCUUUUGUUGUUCUUGACCUUCAAGAAUUGCGGUCAAUAACAAUCGAGUCGGCUCAGAACACUGCUUGGGUCGAAACUGGUGCAACUAUUGGUGAACUUUAUUACUGGGUGUCCCAGUCAAGUCCAAAUCUUGGAUUUCCAGCAAGUAUCUGCACAACCGUCGGUGUUGGUGGUCAAAUAAGUGGAGGCGGGUUUGGUACUUUGAUAAGAAAGUACGGUAUAGCGGCUGAUAAUGUUAUCGAUGCUAGGAUUGUCGAUGCUAAUGGGAGAGUACUGGAUAGGGAAUCUAUGGGAGAAGAUUUGUUUUGGGCAAUCCGAGGAGGCGGGGGUGGGAGUUUUGGUGUUGUAGUGGCUUGGAAAGUGAAUCUUGUUUAUGUCCCUGAAAAAGUUACGGUUUUUAGUCUUUCCAGGACUAUAGAACAAGGUGGUUCGAGUCUUUUUAACAGGUGGCAGUACGUUGGGCACAACCUGAGUAAAGAUUUAUUCAUAAGAGUUAUAGCACUUCCUGGUUUAAAUGAGGCAGGAAACAGAACAAUGCAAAUAAUAUUCAACUCGAUGUUUCUUGGAAAUGUCGACAAGCUCAUUGAAACUGUAACAGAUAGCUUCCCUGAGUUGGGUUUACAGGAAAGCGACUGCAGUGAAAUGAGUUGGAUCGAAUCGAUACUCUUUUUUGAUAACUAUCCAAAAGGGUCAAGCACUGAUGUCCUUAUAGAUAGGACACACAAGGCCAAAAGCUACUUUAAUGCUAAAUCGGACUAUGUGCAAGAACCGAUACCAGAAGAAAAACUUGAAGACAUAUGGAAAUGGUGUUUAGAGGGGGACAACCCGCUUCUUAUAAUGGAACCACACGGCGGGAAGAUGGAUGAGAUUGAAGAAACAGAAAUUCCUUACCCUCAUCGGAAAGGGAAUUUGUAUAGCAUACAAUAUUUUGAGCAAUGGCAAGAUGGCAGCACUGAGUCAUCAGAAAAGCGUAUAAGGUGGAUGAGAAAGAUGUAUGAAAACAUGACACCAUAUGUGUCAAAGGAUCCAAGAGCAGCAUAUGUGAACUACAGGGAUUUGGAUUUAGGUCAAAACGAUAAUGCAGGUAACGCAACUUACUCAAAUGCCAUGAAGUGGGGAAAGAAGUAUUUUGGUGACAAUUUUGAGAGGUUAGCUAUGGUGAAAGGUGUUGUUGAUCCAGAUAAUUUCUUCUUCUAUGAGCAGAGUAUCCCACCUCUGAUCAUGAGUGAAGAGAACUGUGGCAGUUGUUCAUACCAAAGCUUGUGAUUUGGCGUGCUGCUAGAUUAUGGAUCUCAUAAGUACUAAACUGUUUUUCUACUGUUUGAUGAAUAAACUAGACAUUCUUCAGAUGGUUGUUUAUUAUUGUCUUAAGUUGUUUAAUUGCUUUGCAUAUCACUAAUAUAUAUUUUUUUGAAAGGUGUGAA